CUCACGUUAGUCUGUGGCAGUGUUUGGCCAAAGACAGUAACGUAGCCAGUCUUAGCUGCAUCCUGGUCGCCAAUAUAAGUAAAUAGGCAACUAUUUGAAUCAGCUGUCAGACGGUAGCUUGCGACUGAACUGCUCGUACGGUCUGAUGGGUAGCCGCAUGGCUAAGUUAAUAUUUUAGGAAGCUAAGCUGCUUAUGACAUGGCUAACUGCGGCUAACGUUAGCUUCCAAGUUUCUGAACGGGCCCUGUUGCAUUUAACUGCUCUUACUUUCUAUCAACCGGGAUUUUAGUCGCUAGAACAAAACCAGCGAUUAUUUUUCAUCGAUCGUAAUCUGCCGAUCGUUUUCUCGAGUCGUCCUGUGGUGCCCUGACUUUCAAGAAACGGGACGAAUUCAGUGUUUUUACAAAGCACAGGGGGGCGAGAACCUCUCACUGAAUAUUAAGCUACCUAGACGGAGUGUUUUACAAGCUUCCCUGGUUUUUUAGAGAACAACGUCGACGGGAUCCACCGCUUGCGGUCCGUUUCAGGUGACCGACGAUGGCUGUGAACGUGUACUCCACCUCAGUGACCAGCGACAACCUAAGUCGUCAUGACAUGCUGGUCUGGAUCAAUGAAUCUCUACAGAUGAACCUCACCAAGAUUGAAAUGUUGUGUUCAGGUGCUGCCUACUGCCAGUUCAUGGACAUGCUGUUCCCCAACUCUGUGCCUCUGAAGAAAGUCAAAUUUGGUGCCAAGCUGGAGCACGAAUACAUCCACAACUUCAAGCUUCUGCAGGUUUCCUUCAAAAAGAUGGGAGUUGACAAAAUUAUUCCAGUGGACAAACUGGUGAAGGGGAAGUUCCAGGACAACUUUGAGUUUGUCCAGUGGUUUAAGAAGUUCUUUGAUGCCAACUACGAUGGGAAGGAGUAUGAUCCAGUGGAGGCGAGACAGGGCCAGGAUGCCAUGCCCACACCCAACCCUGCCACAUCAGCUCUCAACAAACCCCCUAAAAAGGCCCUCAGUCAAGCUCCUCAGAGGCCACCUGUCGCCAAGGUAGCACCCAAAUUGGCUCCCGUCAGCGCAAGGAAGCCGGGGAUGGGAGGAGCCGAUGAGGAGAGGGCAGAGCUCCUGAAUGAGCUGGAGAUCCUGAAAUCUACCAUUCAGGACAUGGAGAAGGAGAGAGACUUUUAUUUUGGUAAGCUGCGGAACAUUGAGCUGAUUUGCCAGGAGAAGGAAGGAGAAGGCGACCCCACACUGCAGAGGAUCAUAGACAUCCUCUACGCCACAGACGAGGGUUUUGUGAUACCGGAUGCUGAGGAGCAGGAGGAGUUUUAAUAUUCAAGACUGCAAGCAACUUUUCACUUAGAUGCCCUGGUCUACAAACGAGAUCCUUCGUCAAGCCAAGACAGCCAGUUUGGUUUUAUAUCCAGCACCAAACCUGAUCACGACUUGUGGCCCCUUCCCCCACCUUUCCUGAACCCGAAUCCCAACCCGCCGGACUUCUUCCUCUAGCCUUCAGCUGCCGUACUCCACUUCCUUUUUCCUGAAACAUCUUUUACCAAUAAUCAACGAAGCCUCGGUCACCGCUUCCCCCCUUUUACACACCUGUCAGUCUGCAAGAAUCCCAGUCCCCACCCUCACCUGGAAUCCCGACCUUCCCAAAACCAGAUCGUGCAGUACAUAUCUGGUUUUUGUAAUGGACUUCAGUGUGAAAAACACGGUGAUGUUCUCUGUGUGUGUAUAUGUAUGUGUGUGUGGUCGUAUGUGUUUAAAAAUCAAUUUGAAACGAAUCAAACGUGAAGAACCUCCUCUGAAGACCCGGCUGUCGGCUCAGCCAUGGCUUUGUCCCAAACUAACCGCCAUUGUUUGGUUUUUGUUUGAUGGCACUGCAGCCGUUUUGUGCCUCUCCCGUUGACACUGAAUUUUAUUCAUUUGGAGGAAGAUGCAUGCAAGGAAGUGAGAAAAAGCAGGAAGGAAAAAAAAAAAACCACACACAUUCCCAACUAGCAGAUUUAGUCCUGCAUCAUUUUGAACCAAAUCUGUGGUGUAGUUUGUAUUCAUGCCAGCUGGUCCCAAUUUGAAAUGGUAGAAAUUGUAAUUUCAUCCAGGCAGCAGGCUUUCAGAAACACUGUUCGCGUCAUUUGCCAGUUAGAUGUAGAAGCUAAGUUUGUAAGCAAUGUGAAAUGAGGGAAAAGCAACUGGUGGACCACACGUGUCGACGCUGAAGGGCUCAAGGGUUUAGUCUGGGAUAAGGCACCAGUCGGGUCUUCUCUUGGCCUUUUUUCCACCUGUGACUAAUUGUUGCCGCCAAGGACACAUCUUGGUUUUCGUCCUGUUCAGCUUCAGAAGAGCUUUUGUAAAUUGAUGCUACUGUUUUAUCACUUUUUUCCUCCCACUCCAGUUUUUUUUCCUUUUUUGUUUGUCUUGUUUUCCCUGUUGUUUGCUCGAAAACCUAUUUUUUGGCCCCUCUCGGUCAUGCUCUCACCUUUUUUAUAUAUUAGAUUUCUAUUCAGUUUGAGCUUUUCUCACGCUCGCUAAAUGAUCACACCGUUGGAAAGAUUUUACUCGUGUGCAGAAACUUGUUUCCCCAGCCGCGGCGAUAGAGAAAAGGGGUUUCCGAUAUCAAAUAGUGGUCGCUGUUUUCUCGUAGCAGGUCAGCUGUCUCUCUGCCACCCACAUGCUCCCACUCAAACCUUGGUUUUCACAUUUCAAGCUUCGUCGAUGUGCAAUUCUUCAUACCAGGAAAGUGGCUUACUCUUCCGGUCGAUGUGAGAUGAAGCGUUUCAACUUUUGCAGACGGCAGCCUUUUGAUCAACGCGCCAAUGUUUAGUAAAAAGUGCAAAAAACAAAUUAGAGACUGCAUGAUCAACAGUGAUUGUUUUCUACGUUUUGUCUUUUGGAAAGUCUGUUUCAAGGCAGAUGCACUGUUUUCUACCAGUGGCCUUUAAUCAGCCCCUAGCCAAUAAAAACCGUUCCUGAAGGGUGUUGGGAAACCCAUGCAGCCACGUGACAAGCGCUGAGCUCCGGCUGUGGCCGAUCAGUGUGUUGACUACUUGUAGCCGGCCACAGUCAGGAUGAUCAUCUGAAAUCCGCGGGGGUGAGCUGUGAAAGAGGCCCGUGUGCUGCUCUCAGCUGUUUCAUCAGGUAGAUUGAUGAAACUUUGUUUUCCCUGCCCUCAUUACUAAUGUUGGAAGUAGUUUUUCCCCGAGGCUGUUUAAAAAAAGCCAAGAAACCCACAGUGGGAUCAAUAUGAAAGUAAAAAAAUCGAACUCGCCACACUGAAGGCGUAUUUCUUUCUGGGAAUGACAAGUUUGCUUCCCCCUGUUUUUGUACUUCCACACCCCGAUUGACCAAUUUUAAUAGUUAUAUUGUAUAUUGUGGAUCUAAUUUGAGACCAGUUUUUCCACUGUACUAUGUAAAAAGUCAUUUCGGACAUAUUUGUACCUAAUUUGAAACAACAUACCGGUGUUGAUUUCACACAAACCUUGUUUUUGUAUUUUUUUUAAUUAUUUUUUGGUUAUUUGAAUACAUGACUUUAUCAAUGGCCUUAUUCAUAAAAAUCCUUUUUUUUUCCAUCUGCAAACGUUUUUCGUAUAUUUUUUUUUUUAAUUUUACUUUAAUGUACGUCUCUGCUGUUUUGGGUAAAUGUUUGUACUGUUACAGUCAUAUUUUUUAAUGUGUUCUGAAAAUAAACAACAUUGGAGGUA